GAGGCGUGUCUUAUGCCUCUGACGCAGAUACGCAUGAAAACUCCUGCACGCGCGCCAGACAGUCAUUCAGCCUUCCGCCUCAACCAUCGGACAGGACAAGCAUCAUUCGCGUUUCAAGACGGUUUUUAUCUUCACUUCACGUCUUUCUGACAUAGCGCCAUGAAAGGAAUAAUUCUCCAGGUCAGCCGCAGCCUGAGCCGUGCUGCUCCUGUUCUCCGCCGCAGCAUCCACUCUGUUACACGUCCGGCCUCCACCGUCGCUUCCGAACUGAGGGUUGAACGUCCACUCACCUCAGAGGAAAUCUACGCCCGUGAGGACAAGUAUGGAGCGCACAAUUACCAUCCCCUUCCUGUGGCCUUAGAGAAGGGGGAGGGCAUCUAUGUGUGGGAUGUGGAGGGCAGCCGGUAUUAUGACUUCCUUAGUGCUUACAGUGCAGUAAACCAGGGCCACUGCCACCCAAAGAUCAUAGCUGCGCUCAAUGCCCAGGCCUCUAAACUCACCCUGACUUCCAGAGCAUUCUACAACGAUGUGCUGGGAAACUAUGAGGAGUACAUCACCAGCAUGUUUGGCUAUGACAAAGUCUUACCCAUGAAUACAGGUGUUGAAGGUGGUGAGACUGCCUGCAAGCUUGCCCGCAAGUGGGCUUACAAUGUAAAGGGAGUUCCCAAAAACAAGGCCAAAAUAAUUUUUGCAGAUGGAAACUUCUGGGGCCGCACCAUGGCAGCCAUCUCCAGCUCCUCUGACCCCAGUAGUUAUGAAGGUUUCGGUCCCUACAUGCCAGGCUUUGAGCUUGUCCCAUACAAUGACAUUCCUGCACUGGAGAAAGCCCUUCAAGACCCAAAUGUUGCAGCUUUCAUGGUGGAGCCCAUCCAGGGGGAAGCUGGGGUGGUGGUGCCGGACAAGGGCUACCUGACCAAAGUCAGAGAACUUUGCACCAACUACAACGUGUUGUGGAUUGCUGAUGAGGUGCAGACAGGCUUGGCAAGGACUGGCCGGCGUCUGGCUGUGGACCACGAGGAAGUCCGUCCAGAUAUGCUGAUUCUGGGCAAAGCUCUUUCUGGAGGAGUUUACCCUGUGUCUGCUGUGCUGUGUGAUGAUGAGGUAAUGCUGACCAUCAAACCUGGGGAACACGGGUCCACAUAUGGCGGUAACCCUGUGGCCUGUCAGGUUGCUAUUGCUGCACUUCAGGUGAUGGAGGAGGAGAAGCUGGCAGAGAAUGCUCAAAGGAUGGGAGAGGUGCUGCGGGCCGAGCUGAGAAAACUGCCCAAAGACAUUGUGGCAACAGUCAGAGGGAAAGGGCUCCUUAACGCAAUCGUCAUCAAAGAGACCAAAGACUAUGAUGCCUGGAAGGUGUGCUUACGCCUUCGUGACAACGGACUGCUGGCCAAGCCCACCCAUGGUGACAUCAUCCGCCUGGCCCCUCCCCUCAUCAUCAAAGAGGAUGAGCUGCAGGAAUGUGUUGAUAUCAUCCAGAGGACCAUCAUGUCCUUCUAAGCUACAGCCACUCAGCUAUUCAAUAAUACAAAGACAACCUGCAAAAUGAUAAUUCGUAUAAACCAGGCUACCGUAUGGUCUGUCAAAAAGUUGCUCUAAACAUUUUAGUUUUUAAUUUUUGUUUUUCAAAGAUAGGGGUUCUUUGAAGGGAAUUACUGUAGAGAUGCAGUAUACAGAGAUGUGUGGAGUGUGCAUCUGAGGCUACGCUGACGUACACUAUACAGAAAAACUGCUGGAAAGGAAACAUCAGUGCAACCUCCGUGGUUUAUUUUAAAUGUUCAAAAUUUACAUCCAUUUCAUCUAAAUUGAUGAAUUUUGAAAUGGUUAAUUCACGCUUUCAUUGGUAAUGAGUGCUGUAAGUAAUUUAUGUGCUAUCUUCAAUGAAACCUUUUUAAUUUUCAAAAAGGGUAAGUGAAGCAUGCAGUCUAAUGUUACAAAGACUUCAACAAUUUUAGUUUGUUAGACUACAGUUAGUCUACCAAACUACUGCUGUCUGCAAACACAAACUUUGUGAAAAGAGACUUGUUACAGGCAAAAGGCAAGCUAGUCCGGGUAUUUUUAAUCUCAAGAGCAGGGUUUCUACACCAUCAUUAAAAAGCCUUGAAAUGUAUAUGAAGUUUUCAGAUUCCACGUCUUGAAAGAUUUUGUAAAAAGUUUGUAAUUGCACUAAAAUUUUAACUUAAAGUUCAAAUAGUUUUCAUUUCCAAUACAAAUAUGGCCACAUAUCACAUAGUAGCUGUCUCGUUUUAAUUUAACAUAAGUUAUGUGUUACUGUGGAAGAAAUACUUUCUGGCUGUUUAUACUAAAUCAUUUGGUAUUUCUACAAGCAACAUGCUGUAUUAGGAUUAAUGGUUGUUGACGGGACUAGCUAAGGCUAGUUUGGUUUUAUGUAUUUACAGUAUCUGUACAUGGUUUCAUUCAGCUUUCUGAUGAAUGUUUUAUCUGUUAUAUAACAAGGUAAAUAUUGUCUUUUCAAAGGCAAUAUCACCUUUAAGUUAUUGCAUAAUCCAUUGUUCUUUAAAUAAAUUAUUGCAGUGUUA